GAAGGAGAAGAGCUUCAUCAUCGUCAUCAGAAGGUUUCAGGUCACCGAGGUCACACUGACAGCUGUCAAUCAUCUGAUCUCAACCAAUCAGGACACAGGACACAACCUUCAACAUGGAGCAGUGACGGACAGGAUCAGCAGCCAUGAUGGCAUCGACCAGAGGACGGACAGGAAGUCUGAAUGUGCUGCACUUCCUGUUUGGUGUCCUCCUGGUUUGUCCUGAUGGGGUUUUGUCUCUGGAGCUGCUGCCGUCGUCCUCUGAAAUUCUGCUCAACUCAAAUGACAACUACACUGUGGUGUGUUCUGGGUGGAGUCAGGUGACAUGGCGGUUACCUCUGGACUCUCAGGUGGACGGGGUUGUCGUGGAGAAUCAGGGGUCCAGCAGCGUCCUGCAGCUCAUCAACGCCACCUGGAGGAAUUCUGGGAGGUACACCUGUGAGGAGGCAUCGUCCUUUCAGAGCAGAGAGGUCGACAUCUUCAUACCUGGUCAAGGUCCGGAGGAAUGGUUCGUCCCACUGGGUCCAGGUGUGGUGAUGAAGGAGUCGGAGGAAGACACCAUCCCUUGUGUGGUGUCUGACCCGCGGCUCAACGUCACGCUGUACCAACGUCCCGGCAGGACGCCGGUUGCUGGGACGACAUACGAGCCAGGCCGCGGCUUCACGGGACGCCUUAACGACACAUCAUACGUGUGCUCGGCCACCUGUGAAGACGAGGAGACAGAGUCCCAGGUGUACUAUGUCUUCAGCAUCGUAGUCCCUAAGGUGAUGGAGGUGGACAUGACGGUGUCCAGCAGUGUCCUGAAGCAGGGUGAGGUCCUCACUGUGAACUGUACCGUCAGAGAUACUGAGAUGGUUUUCUUCUCCUGGGACUUUCCCCGCAGACAGGAGGUCGAGCCUCUGACCGACUUCCUACCCAAUCGGAUCCGCUCCUUCGUCAACAUCUCUGCGGCGACCGUGGCAGACUCAGGUGUGUAUGUGUGUGUGGUGCAGGAGACGAUGCAGGAAAGAACAGUGAUGAAAAACGUCUCUGUGACCGUCCUCGAUCGGGGGUACGUCUACCUGUGGCAGUCAGGUGAGACAAACGUGUCCUCUGUCCUCCACCACACAGUGGAGUUCACUGUGGAGGUGGACGCCCACCCCGCCGCUGCUGUCCUCUGGACCAAAGACAACAAGACCCUCGCCACUGAUACAAGCUCUGUCUCCACCACACACCUGACAGAAAGCAGGUAUCUGAGCACGCUGACGCUGAUUCGAGUCCAGAUGGAUCAGACAGGAAGUUACACCGCAACCGUUUCCAACGACGACGACAUCCAAGAGGUCGUCUUCAACCUGGAGGUCAAAGCGCCCCCCCGGAUCACGUCUCUGUCCGAGGCGGACAGUAAGACGAUGCUGUGUGUCAGCGAGGGAGCUCCAUCCCCAUCUGUCAGCUGGUACACCUGUCACAGGUCACACAGGUGCAGUAAUGUGACAGGUGGGUGGAGGAGCCUAUCAGCAGCCUUGGAGGGCGUGGCUCUGCAGGAGACCAUCACUGAGGUGAAGGAGAGAGGCGUCACCCAGGUGCGCAGUGUGCUGACUCUACAGAGCCUCAGCUCGCUGUCAGCUGUUCGUUGUGAAGCCCAAAACUCUGCAGGACGCCGAGCUAUAGACAUGAGAGUCCUGUCCAACUCUCUCCUUUCCCAGGUCACGGUCUUGGUGGUGGUUCUGGUUCUGGUGGUCCUUGCCGUGGUCUUCCUCGUCAUCCUCAUCGUCCUCUGGAGAAAAAAACCUCGUUAUGAAGUCCGUUGGAAGGUCAUCGAGUCCGUGAGUCCUGAUGGGCAGCAGUACACCUACCUGGACCCAGCCCACCUGCCCUACAGCCCCACCUGGGAGGUCCCACGAGAAAACAUAGUGCUGGGUCAGGUGUUGGGUUCAGGUGUGUUCGGUCGUGUUGUCGAGGCAACCAUCUCUAGUCUUUUUCACUCUCAUUCUUCAACUAAAGCUGCCGUGAAGAUGGUCAAACCCAGCAGUGGUGCAGUUCAAUCACUGAUGUCGGAGUUGAAGGUUUUGGUUCAUCUCGGUCCUCACCUGAACGUCGUCAACCUACUGGGAGCGUGCACGAGAGGAGGUCCUGUCUAUCUGAUCACUGAGUUCUGUUGUUAUGGAGACCUAGUGAACUACCUACAGAGGAACAAACACACCUUCUUACAGACAGACACACACACCAAGAGGU